AUGAAACUCAAUCUCGGCCUUCUCCUCCUCGCCGCCCAGAAUACCGCAGUCCUCUCUGCAAUCACUACUGCAAUCAACCCCCGCGAGGUCGAGCGUAUCGAUACAGUCGAGAAUGUUGACGUGCUGUUAAGUCCCGAGAAGGGCAAAUGCUGGACCCGGUCUCCGUGGGGCUGCUCGAAAAAAGGCUGGUGUUGGAAGCAAUGUGCAAAUGGAGGACAAUGGUGCUGGGUUGCCCUUGACCAGGGAAAUGGACCUUGGAAGUCCUGCCAAGUUGCAGAGGAUUGCAACCCUGCUAAUGAUCUGAAGAGCGACUGUGGCCAGGGCGGAUGUAAAGCGUGUGGCUGCAGCUGCUGA